UCAUUCACUAACUCGUCAGGCUUACUUAUUUUGUCAUGUUUAAUCCUAAACCUAGUAAGGAACCGGAUUUUCGUUUUCCAUUUCAGUGCAUCUGGUUAAAAUUGAAUGGCUCUUGGCCACUGCAAAUUACUUCUGCAUUUAUUCCGAAUAGUUUUGCUACUUUCUAUAAUUUUUGGUCAUGGUAUGUUAUUAUAUCCGUUGGAAUAACAAUCUACUUCCAGACUGCAUUUCUGUUCAACACUUUUGGCGAUAUCGCCAUGACCACAGAAAAUUGCUGCACUACUUUUAUGGGUGCUCUCAACUUUGUACGAAUAUUACAUUUACGAUUAAAUCGUACUAAGUUUCGAAAGCUCAUAGCACAAUUCGUACAAGAUAUAUGGAUUUUAAAAGACUCCCAUCCGGAAAUCGAAAAAGAAUGUCAAAAGAAUAUGAACACUUUUCGCAUAAUGACGGUUUUACUUUCCUGCUUAAUAUUGAUGUAUUGCUUUCUACCACUCGUAGAACUCUUUACAAUGGGCUUAGAUGCUGAUGAAAAACCAUUUCCAUAUAAGAUGUUGUUUCCGUAUGAUGCUCAUCAUGGUUGGCGCUAUGUCUUGACUUACAUAUUUACUUCCUACGCUGGCAUUUGUGUGGUGACAACUCUGUUUGCAGAAGAUUCAAUAUUCGGUUUUUUCGUUACUUAUACCUGUGGACAAUUCCGUAUUUUACAUAAAAAUAUUGACACUAUAGUUUUAGAUGCUCGAAAAUAUAUAUUCGAUACCGUCGGUGUUAUAAAUCCAAACACACAUAUUUUGUUACAACUUGAAUACAAUAGACGAUUAAAAGAAAUUGCUAGAAGACAUAGCAAAUUAAUUGAAUUUAGUACUCGUUUAGAACAUUUCUUUAAUCCUAUAUUAUUGGUCAAUUUUAUGAUAUCUUCAAUACUUAUUUGUAUGGUUGGCUUUCAGUUGGUAACUGGAAAAGAUAUGUUUAUUGGUGAUUAUGUUAAAUUUAUAGUCUAUAUAUCAUCUUCACUAUCUCAGCUUUAUAUACUCUGCUGGAAUGGUGAUUCAUUGAUACAGAAUUCCACUGAUACUGCUAGGCAUUUAUAUGCAUGCAACUGGGAAGGACGUUCAUUAAUCAAGUAUGAAAAUGAAAAAUCUUGGUCAAAGAUCUUAAGGACUUACGACAGUUUACAGCUUUAUCCAGCAAAUAAAGAGUUUCGUACAAAUUUACAGUUUAUGAUAUUGUGUAGUCAACGUCCCAUUAAGAUAACUGCUCUAAAAUUUUCAACUCUAUCUCUUCAAAGUUUCAGAACGAUUCUUAGCACGUCUUUAAGUUAUUUCACACUGCUGCAAACUCUAUAUUACGGAGAUAAGGACAAAUAA